ACUCUUCGAACCCAACUGAUCAAUCCCUUUGUCUUCCAUUCCUUUGUUAAUUCCUCUGUACGGACGGCUUCAACACUAGCCCCCAAGUGAUACACCAGGUUCUCCUAAGCCAAACACCACGACCCGAGGCUAAGUUACCAGUUGGUCCUUUCUCUCUUCACAAGAUGACGGCACCGGAGAAGUACGGCCAAGAGCAAGGCGUGUACGGACAGCCUCCGGAAUCGAACGGCCAGCAGCAAUACUACGCACAGCCAGCACCAAUGGCAACGAGCCGCCAGGCUCCGGUGCAUCUAGAGAAGCCCGAGGGCGAGUGGCAGAACGGAAUUUGCAGCUGCGGGCCAUGCGGUUCAUGUCUGUUAGCCUGGUGUCUGCCCUGUAUCCUCUUGGGCCGGACUUCAGAGCGCAUUCGAGACCCUUCAAUGGAGACUGCCGAUUCGUUGAAUUCGGAUUGUCUCAUUCACGGCGCUGUCACAUGUUUCACUGGCUGUGGCUGGAUCUAUGCCAUGAUAAAACGUGGUGAGAUCCGAGAACGGUACGGUAUCCAGGGCAGCGGUUGUGGUGACUGCUGUGUAUCGUUCUGGUGCUCGUGCUGCGCGCUCAUUCAGCAAGACAACGAGGUCAAGAUACGAGAAAAGGGUCGCGUCAACACACAAGGUUACCAGGUUCAGCCCGGGAUGCAUAUGCCUCCCCCACAGCCAGCGUACCACCCGGCGCAGUAAUCGCAAACAACGGAAUGGUGCAGUGCAGUGUGGAAUGGCGGGCUAAAUGACAGAGAAUACAUGGGUAAUCACGGAAGCGAAAAUGAAAUUGAGCAAAC